ACAAACAAAAAACACAAACAAAACUUGACAGCGGGCGUGACCUGGGUACCAAGUGGCUUGCUUUCUCAGGGUGCAUGUGAGAAGUUGUUUUACAGCACCGGUUUCCAAGGGGAGCAGUGAAACAUUGCUGUGAGAUGGCAUAGAGAAAGUGGAAGGCAGAGUGUUUACUUUUAUGGAGAGAGUCCCUUCCAGAGGCUGUUUGGCACACCCCUUCGAUUUUAACAAACAAUGAUAGCCCGGCUCCAGAAAGGAUGGCUCAAAACCGCCAGAAAAGUUAGCUCUAGGUUUUUAAGAUGGAAGUCAAUCUUAGAAUCCAGUAGGUCCAACCCCCACUCAGAUCUAGACAGCUUUCUCUAGGUGGGCUCUGCUCCCUGGGAGAAUGGCAUAUUUACAAACUGUAUUUAAAUAGCUAACUGUAUUGGCGCAUAAGCUUUCCUGGGUGAAUACCCAUUUCGGCAGACGCAGAUCCAGACUAACACGGCUACCCCUCUGAUCCUUGUAUUUAAAUAGAAUUCCUCCGGGUCCGUGUUUUUCCAUCCUUCUCCUUUUCCCCCUCUUCUUUCAGUGACAUUAGUCCCAGCGGCGAGGGUGUGACUGAGCCGACAAAGCGGGCACUCCCCAGGAAGUCCGGCUCAGAGAGCGUGGUGUGCCUUAGCCAGCCGCGGCCAGUCCUUCCUUCAGCUUGGGCGAGCCCCAGCGCAUGGAACGUGGCUGCUGCGGGGAGAACUCGCCGGGCUCGCGUCCCUGGGGCGGUGAUAACCUCCAGGGGGCGCCCUAGAGCCCCCCGCCUGCGUCUCCCGGCCCCGCGGCGCCAGGGCUCAGUCCGUGGGUUUGAAUUUCAUCCAGGCACCAGCCUGGAGCGGGCGAGCGAGUGGCCGGCCACGCUCGCCGGCGAGAGGGGAGCGGCCAGUUCGCGCGCAGCUGCCGGCGCGGGAGCAGCCCCGGCCUUUGAGAAACUUUCUUGGCCGGUCGGUGGCGAGCACCACAGCGGGCUGGGCAGGAGCUCGGAGCCUGGCUGGCGAGCCCCGGAGAGCCCGCCUGCAGCGCGUGGGGCGGGCGGAGGAAACACCCUCCCCAGACAGGUUGCAGAGACAGUGUGCGCAGGCCCCGGCCGUGGGAGUGCCACACACUGCUCCUCAUCUGGCUGAAUACGGGACAGCACUGAUGGGUUCACAAGAGUGUCUUAUCUACACUUUUCUCAGCCAGAAGGAUGAUGACUUAAAAGAUUUUUGGGAUAAAAAGAACGCGGAAAAGUUCUCUCCAGGGAAACAAGUGGAGAAGUUGGAUGUUUGCAACAGCUGACGAGAAGAUUCCCUGAGUCCUAGAGCGUUCAGCAAAAGGACAAAAGGGAGAAGAUGAUGAUGUUCCUGAGAGGUGGCAGGAAAUAGUGAAGAGAACUGUGAUUGUCAACAGGAAACCCAAGAUCCUCACCACACAGGACUAUACCAGGCAGUACAUUUCAAACACUCAGCAUCUGCAGGUCUUUCUGAUCUGGAGGGUGAAGGUUCAUCUACAUGAAGUUUUUCCUGGGAUCGUAUCUGUCGGAACUCAGUGGACCACAAAUGUGCUUCUGCAUUAUGGUGAACCCACUGAGAAUCUGCAAGGUUUAUCCUAUCUACUGAAGCUGGCUAACCCUAUACUCCGUCUGUCUGUGCCCUCUGUAGUAGACAGCUAAAUCAGCUGAAGGGAAAAGGGGGCAAGAUAAGCCUCCGGCCAACAGCUGGCAGCUGAGUACCCUUCAGAACCCAGACCAUUUUGAGGUGCCUCGGUGGCUGUUUGCAGCACUGCAGAUAUGGACACUGAGCUUCUCUGGCACCUUCUUGCAUUGGCCUGGUCAACCUCACCAUGCUAGUAUAUGGGAAUGAAAACUUCCUCUCGGAUGUAAUUUACAUCAUCCUGGAACUGGUCAUUGCAGUGCUGGCCAUCUUGGGGAAUGUCCUGGUCUGCUGGGCAGUCUAUCUGAACAGCAACCUGCAAAACGUCACCAACUACUUUGUGGUGUCCCUGGCUGCAGCCGACAUUGCCGUGGGCGUGCUGGCGAUCCCCUUUGCCAUCACCAUCAGUACUGGCUUCUGUGCCUUCUUCUAUGGCUGCCUCUUCAUCGCCUGCUUCGUCCUGGUUUUGACUCAGAGUUCCAUCUUCAGUCUCCUGGCUAUUGCCAUUGACAGAAUCAUUGCUAUCCGGAUACCUCUCAGGUACAAUGGUUUGGUGACCAGCUCGCGAGCCAAAGGUAUCAUUGCCAUCUGCUGGGUCUUAUCCUUCAUCAUCGGCCUGACGCCCAUGCUGGGCUGGAACAAAUGCUCCCAGAGGGAGGCUCAGGACACCAAUAACGCCUCGCUCAGCAACUGCAGUAAAAGCAUGGUAGCUUGUCUCUUCGAGACAGUGGUCACCAUGGAGUACAUGGUCUACUACAAUUUCUUUGCCUGUGUGUUGGUGCCCCUCCUCCUCAUGUUUGGCAUCUACCUGAAGAUCUUUCUGGCAGCCAGGCGGCAGCUCAAACAGAUGGAGAACAAGAUGGUACAUGGGGAACGCUCACGCUCUACUUUGCAGAAGGAAGUCCAUGCGGCCAAGUCUUUGGCCAUCAUCGUUGGGUUGUUUGCCGUCUGUUGGCUUCCACUCCACAUUAUAAACUGCUUCACACUCUUUUGCCCGGGUUGUGCCCGUCCUCCGCUCUGGCUGAUGUACCUGGCCAUUAUCCUGUCUCAUGCCAACUCCGUAGUGAACCCAUUGAUUUAUGCCUACCGGAUCAGGGAAUUCCGACUCACCUUCCGUAAAAUUCUCAGGCAGCAUAUUGUAGGCAAGAAGCAGUUCAAGACUGGUACUGCCAGUACUAGGACUUCCACUUAUGGUGGGGAUGGAGAGAAUGCCAGCAUUAGGAUCAGUGAGUACGCUCUGAACAUAUAUGCCAAUGGGGAGUUGGGUGCUAUCCACAAAGAUACUGACAUCCAGGACUUGAGUAAAUGCAAGGCAGGUUUGGAAUGGCACCACAAUGGGAAUUCACUAGACAUGGAGAUAAAUGGGCAUCUCCCACAUUCCUGCAAAAAUGGGGAUCUUUCAGAUGCAUGCGGGAACAUGGAACUUCUUACUGAAGAGCUAAUUGGCACACGUGUCUCUUACUCUGAACUGGAGAAUUCAACCUUGGCAGCAGCUGACAUUUCCUGAUGACUCUCACAACGUCUUCCCACUGGAAUGAAAUCUGUUGGGUUUUUGUUUGUUUGUUUGUUUUUUUCUGUUGGCUGCCUCUGUUAUGGCAGAAAGGGAGGAUGAGGGGAAAAGUGGAGUGAGGCCAGGUCACUAUCAGGUCACUAUCCCUACCCAGGACUGAUGAGAAGAUCCAAAGAACUAGACUGGAGAAAGAUUGAGAGGCACCGUUUUGAACAAAGGAAGAGGAGGGACACUAUAGCUAUCAAAGGCCCAACUCAGAGACACAGAGAGAAGAGAGCAAAGGUCAAAUCUGACAUCUGAAUUUUAACUCUGCUCCAGCAGGGUGUGUUAUGACAUUAUGCUGUACUGUGUAUCUGUGGUUGUUCAUCAGUUUAGUGUCUUUACCAACAGAAAUAAAGGUGUGGCUGAAACAUUUACUACUUCAUGAGGAGGAAGAGGGGGCAGGGCUUUUAACACUGUGGCCUCUAACAGAAGUAGAGGGUAUAGCAGUGCCUACUGGUCAGGAAAGAUGCCUAUGCUGCUUGGAGAGUGAAGGGAUUCACCUGGUGGGAACUUUCAGCAUCUUCAACUGUGAGAUUCUGUUUUAAAAUCAGUUUUUAAAGCUUACUAGUGCAACAGGUUUCCUGAUUUUCCACUCACUGCUAGAUCAGUUAUGAAUUAUAUUCCAGUGAGCUGGAAUAUGGACAGAAGGUUUUACCUCCCCUGUGUUCCAUGGAGAUGGGCCGCUAGGAAGUUACUUGUGCGUAAGGAGCUAUUAUGUUGUCAGUUAUGAAUGUAUACAAGAGAGGGUGGCUCUAUCCAAGCCUACAGUGUCCAGCUAUGUCCUGGCACAUUGAAGCAAACUGGUAACUGUAUUUCAGACCCUUCCAUUUCACCAAAAGAACAAAGAGUAUAUAUGAUGAUUUGAUAGUUUUAUUAUGGGACAAUGGCAGGUGUCUGUGUGCUGUGGGUAACAGCAGAGCAGGGGCAGGGCUGUGUGGGAAGGGCUGAUCAGGUAGUGAUGGCAGGUUUUGUGAAUUGCUGGCAGAUGUGUUGGUAGCAGUGAGAGAUGACCACAGGCUGGUACUAGGUCCAUAUUUGCAAUGUCUUUGUGGCUGGUUCUUUCCUCUGUCUAUCUUUGUAUCUCUGCACCUGUGUACGCAGAAUGGCCAUUCAUUCCACAGCCUUAGUUACAUUUUCUCUAGAAUUCCUCUUUUUGGUGAACUUUAAUUUCUCAUCUUUCCUGAAAGUAAAAAUAACUUUUAAAACUGAACUUGGUUUUAAAGUCUGGAAUUCAUAUGAGCCCAAGUUCAUUAAAACCUUUUUUUCUAUAUUGUUUCAAACAACUCCUGGAAUCUGGUUAACCGUGAAGCCCUGUGUUUCUGUAGCAUGUGGGUGUGCAUUACAAAUGAGUGCACAUGCAUAUGUGUGCACCGGUAGAAGUGGGGGCAUGUGAGUGCAGUUUGAGAGAGAAAGAAGCUUGUGUGUCAGAGAACUGGAAAACAACCACCAGUGCAGGCAGCCCUCCCCGAUCUGUGUAGACACAGCAUUAGCCUUGCCUGCCUUUCUGAUAGACCGCGAUCUAAUCUGUCUCUAAUACAGGGUACAUGACGGUGUGGUGUGUUACAAAGGGGUUUUACAUGUGUUUGGAAUGGCCCCUUACUUGUAACUGGUGAAGCCACUCAUCCUAAAGGAGGCCAAUACAAUCUUUAUCCAAGCCCAAUCAGCUUGUAUGCUGCAUCUGCCAUGUAUGGUUACAUAAAAAAACCGAUUCCAAAGCUCACCUAAAAUAGCUAUUACUGUAACACUGGUGUGGAAAAAGGUCUAGCGCAGGGCCUUCUGGGGCUAGAGGCAGGUGUCGUCUGUCCCAUUGGAAAGCUAGGAAUCUCCCCUUUCCAGUGAUCCAUUCUUUGACCCUGAAGCAUUUAUAUAUCUCCACUCAAUCCUGUCUCUGGUCCAGGUCUGAGCGUUGGCCAUCCCAGACCUCAGAUCAGGGUAACUUUUUUUGAGGGGAGAGAUUCUGAAAUUUGGGCGGAAGAGAAGGAAACCCAAUGCUUAUUCUUAUUCAUUCCUUAUUGACAAGCUAUUUAAAGGGAAUUUCCUUUCCGUUGUGCUCCCUGGGUGAAUGGGGAUUGGGGGGGUUUAUUACUCUUGAUCUUCCCUGGUGGAAUAUAUUCCUCUAUGCUAUGUGGGGGAUUGUGCAUCUCCAACCUUCUGUAACCUUCCAGCAGUGGAGGAAUACAUGAAGGGCUUUGAUCUUUUCAGAACUCUGUUAGGCGCUGAAAUGCUGCUAAGAAUAACACAAGAUGACAUCCUGCCUCCAUAGCAUAACAAUUAGGUCCACACAGAAGCGGAGCAGGGAAGGAAGUGUGGGAAAAUAUCAGCAUUGCUCAUGUGCUGGCGCACACAAGUGCAGAUAGUGUGUGCUGUCACGUUCUGGUGGCUGUCACACAGGGAUCUGCCUGGUGCUAUAUUACAUCAAACUUUACAAGAACCAACACAGGCUGGCUGCCUUCCACUACUCCCCGGGCUUCCUCACACCCAAACGUGCAGUUUUGUUACUACAAGGACAGAGUUGAUCUAUGUGGGUUUAACAAACUUGGGAGGGUCCCACUGGAAAACUCUCCAGCCUAACUGGGUUGUCAUAUAAGCUCACUUGGUCUUCAGCAGUCUCGGAAUUGGCUCCAGUAUUGCUGUUCAGGGCAUUCAACCAGCUGCGUCAAAUGCGCUUUCAUUAACAUCCAGAGCUGAAAGGAAAUGGGGUCUCUGUAGCCCCCAAAAGCUGAAGGGAAGCUGAGGCUGGGAUUGAUUCACGGGUUGUGGGCAGGACUAGGGGAGCUUGCACUAGAUCGGCAUCCCUUCCCCAGGCAGAGGGCAGCUCAGCUUGUAAGGAUUUAGAGAUGAUGCAAGCUCCCCAGGGCAGGGACCAUCUUUUGUUCCGGGUUCGUACAGCGCCUACCACAAUGGGUUCCUGGUCCAUGAUUGGGGCUUGUAGGUGCUAUGAUCGUCAUCAUCCAGAAAAGAUGACUAGGGGAUGACAUGGAGCCCAUCAGAUUACACCCGGCCGUCUUUUGGCUGAUACGUGUUAGAGAGAGACCUUUGGGAUAUCUUGCUGGGGAAAUGUCCGACAAGCAGAUGAGGGCUGCCAUGCUCAAGUGUCCCUGUGCUUACUGGACAAUGUUCAGCGGGACAUCAAUAGCUUUAGGAGCCAGCAUUGCUAGCACACAGUGACAUUGACAGCAAACGCCACAGACACAGUAUUGGACUCCCUGUCAAGGUGCUGCCAACCCCAAGGGUUGAUAAAUCCUCAGUCAGGCCCCCAAAUACUAGGAGAUUUUUAAAAGCAGGGCAUUUGGAGUUCUGUUUAUUUGCCUUCCUCUUUUUGAUCCUUUUUAGGGUUCGUGUUUUCAGGUUUAUCUCCAUAUUUGUGAAUUGGAAGUACAGAUUUAAAUGUGAGACUGUGACUCCAGGAGCUGGGGCUGUUGUGAGGCUCUUUGUUUGAUUGUGAUUGGCAACACUGGGCAUCAACACCGUAAUCACUGUCUGAAAAGAUCCAGAGAAAAGGAGUUCUGUGCAAAGUAUAUGCUUUUCUCCUGACUCUUCUAUCUGUCCUUUUCAACUAUCUAUCUGUUAUGCCACUCUUCUCUCAACUACAAAAAUCACUGGUCAAUACAAAGGUCAAAGAUGAUGUGCUUCUCCCCCUCCCACAUCCUCCUCACUUCCUUUGCAGUGGAGAAUGUUUAGCUGAUGAAACACAGCUGUUCUGAAGAGAAGGGGCCUAGGUGUCCCUCUCCCUACAGAGAGAGAUAUCUAGCGUCUGAUUCUGUGUGAGGAAGAUUCCAUGAAUUUCAUCAUUCCCAGGAGACUAGUGAAUUCCAGAGUUUAUUUGCCUUGCACAGUUUUAGAUGAGGUUCUGCCUGGUUGCCAGGAUUGACUUUAUCAAGAGCCAUUGUUUGGGCCUUUUAGUUGAUAGUGCGCUGUCUGGUUGUGUGUGCGCAAUACGUCACAACUUUAUUCGGUAUAGCAUGGUUCAGACAGCCUGUUUCAAAAUCCUUUGCAGGUGUGAAUAGUACAGUUGCAGAGUUAAAUAGCAGAAACCUAUGUAUCGACAAGACCAAGAUGUUUGAAUGACAGAUAACGUUUGAAAACUGGUGGAAAGAAACAGGAAGAGCUAUUUCAGACAAUGAGUGUUUACCAACGAAAUUGUAAUUUGUGCUGGUCAGUAAGUGAAUGCUUGUGUUUAGGGACAGGUUUGGAAAAAAUAGGGAGAUUUUGGAGGGCUCGGGGUGGGGGGGCAGAAGUGUGCUGGAGGAUUCUGGGGCAGUCAGGGGGCUGGAAGAUUUGGGGAGAUGCAUUGCGGGUUCCGGGGCACACAUAGGUGGCCUGGCUAUCCUGGAUAACCCAUGCGUCCCAUAUUUAUGCUUGAUUUCCCCAAGCAGGUGUAGCUGAUUGUUCCCAUCUGGUCAUUAUGUGGCAGAAUAGAUUUUUGGGCGGCUCCCCCUUCACAGAUGCUGCUCAUCUUCUUAGGAUGUCCAAAAGUCGCAAAGGCCUUUCUUCUUGAUCUGCAUCUGAUGAGCCCUUAUUUAAAAAUAAAUAAAUAACCUAACAAUGUUCUACAGGAAUGGCUAACCAAAUAGCAGCAAUGCUACGGAGCAGGGUGUGGUGUCACAGCUGCAGAAUACUCCACUGUUCUUUGAUAAGGACGCUGCCUAAAGAUCAGUCCUCUCCAUGGUUACCAUUGGCAGGGGAAUCAGCCCUGGCACCUCGCUCCAGUGCUGAGUGGAAGAGGUCAAAGGCCUGAUUUUGAUCUUCCUUUCACCAGCAUGAAUCAGGAGUAACUAAAAUGAAGUUUCACCAGUGGGAAAUUGGUGUGAGAAGAGAAUCUGGGCCCCAAAUGCUUAGAAUGCGAGAAUCAGGCCUGAACCUGUUUCUUGUACCUCCCAGCCUUACUUUGGAAGCUAGGUUAGUUCAAGCCACAAUGUACCAAAUUAUCCCAGAGCAACUGUUGCAUUCACUCCUUGCCUCCUUCCCACUCACAGGAGAAUUUUUCCUCUUUCCUCUGCUUUUCAGAGCCAUCGUCUCCAUCUUGUAUUACACCUUCCCACUGCCCCAUGGGGCAAGGGGACCCAACGCUCCAGUGCCUACGUGGUAUCUCUUACCCUUUUAAUUUAAAUAUUUUAUAAAUGAUUUAUUGGCUGCUCCCCCUUUCCCUCUAUCGAUGUCUAUCACUUAGGAGUGGGAGCAGCGUGGCAGAAGAGGGGGUGGAUUCUGCGCAUGUGAUUAUAUUUUAAGUGCAUUGACCAAUGGUUUAGAAUGUGAUGAGUCAUCAGACAGCCAGGCACUGAGGAGCCCGCUGCUGGUGAUGCUACUGAGUGUAAUGUCUUGGUUACAUUUUUUUAAAAUGAGCAUUAAAAUAAUAACCUAUA